GUUUUGCCAAGUUUAUAACAGAUGCUUCACAAACGGCACCAGAACUCUUCUCCGCCGACCACUGUGCAAGCAACGAACUAUUUGAAGACGUAUGUGUCGUUUUCAGUGCGUGGAAGCGUCUGGCAAAAAUGAGGAGUUCCAAAGAGAAAUGGUCUGAGGCGGACUUCGUGGCUAACGUUUACAACGUAUUCCGAACUUCUGCAAUCAGGGAAAGCACCUUCCGGGUGCAAUGCGCAAUUUCGCUCCCGCAACCGCAAGACACAUUUCAAAACGCCCUCGAUGUGCCUCGCGUGUUGAAUACGAAGACCGUCAUCCCUGACUGCGCAAUCUUCAUUCCCGCUUCACGGACUCGACCAUUGUCUCAUUCUGCCAAGUCACCAUAUAAGCUCCUCAAGAACCACCCUGCUGUAGUCAAAGCCGGGAAUGCGGCCAAGAGGUCUUCUUUCAGGUACCAGAGUACCCCGUGUGCUCAGCUUCCCGAUAUGCCUGGCUUCGAGUUCGCAAGCAGCUUUUGGGAGGAUAAGAAGCCAGUGCAUGCUCUUCUUGAUGACGCGUAUCGCCAGAACCGCAUGUCAACGACUGCUGCUGUUCGGCAUUUACACUCCCUUGGUAUCCAUGCCCCUGUCACGGGGCUUAUUUGGGCAGAUGGAGUUGUCCGUGCGCAUGUUGAUUGGUGUGAAGAAUCAGAGGGAAAGACAGUAUGUCGAUUCUCAUUCUGGUCUGGAUUAUCUUAUGAAGUUAUGGCAUUGCAGUUCGUGAUGUCUGCUCCGUACUGUGGUCCCAAAGAUCGAUCAUCAAACGACGUGUUCCACGAGUGGAAACUUGAUCGUCCAAGCGAUAUUUUGCAGGUUUACUUCCUUGUUCGGAAUAUUGACGAGUGGACCACAGGCAAAUUCUCAGAACAUAUUGUCCGGGGUGUCAAUCAAAUGGUGGACAAGCUGUCCUCUAGCGAAAGGACAUAUAAACCCUGGAAAUGGGUUGGGGACCUGGCACCUCCAUUAAAGACCAACGCAUUGAAAGAGAAUCACAACAUUUCUGUUACCACAGUUGUGACUUCGGAUGCGUCUCCCUCUCCACCUAAGCCCAAGAGCAGGCGACGGAGACGCAGGUCCAGUAAUUGAUA